AUUCCCCAUAAGGCAAAUCUCCAUUGCAGCUCUGUACCAACAGGAGACCAUUCCCUAUCCUAUAUGCACCAGCUCCCCAGGAGAAAGCCCAGAGACCAGUCCUUGGAACAGAUGGCAAGGGACAGCUCUGACCACCUUGAGGAUAUGGUCCAAAGGCCAAGCAGAAUAACAAGAGAAGAUUCUUUCCUACUUGCCUUGGUCAGAAGAGAAUUCAAGUCACAGCCUUUCAGUUCCAGCCUGUUAGACAAACUUCAGAAAGAGCUGGAGACCCUGGACCCCAUCUCCUCUGGGUUUCUCCACCAGUCUCAGCUGAGCCGCCUCUUCCUGAGGCACCAAGUCCCUCUGCAGUUACCAACAGUCAAACUCCUUUGUCAAAGAUUUUCUAGAAAGAGUUCUCCUGAAAUGGUGAAUUAUGGAAAGCUUCUCUGGUUUUUAAAAGGUGCAACUUCAACUGGUUUACAGCAAAAUGAAACAGCUGUGGACAGCAACUUCAGGAAAACUCCAAGUUAUAGCGAGCAUAGACAAAGUGCCCCACCUCAAGGCUCCAGCUCACAAAUGUGCAGCAAAUUGAGGCCCAAGGGACAUUUGACACAGGAAGCCACAGGACACAGUCUCACCCCAAGUUCCUUGCUCUUAGAGAAGUUUGGGAAAAGCCAGGUCGGAGCUAUAUGUGGGAAGCACGGAUUAUAUCUAACCUUGAGCCUGCUGGAAACACUGCUUAACCACCAAGAUUUAGGUUACCAAGGUGAAAUUAAAUGGCAGAAUUUUGUUAAGUGGCUGGACAGGGCUUCUUCUCAUUUGUUGUCUGAGUUGCCUACAGGGAAGAAUGGAAAGAGAGCUCCAGAGAAGCUUGAGGUCCCUGAGAGCUCCCAAGGCAAAACUGAACAUGUGAAAACUCCAGAAGAGAAUCCGUGGCCAGAAAACUGUGCUGCUUUGACAUCAGCCCCUCAAGAUCCCGUGAACUCUUUGAAGGUCAGGCCAGUCUCCCAACCUUAUGAGAGUCCAGCUGUGAUUAAAGAGCCCGAACAACAUGAGAUGUGGAUAGACAGGUUCAGAAAGCUGGAAAAUGCGCUGUACUUGUGUGAUCUGAACAACACAGGGGUUCUGGAGAAGGAGAGAGCCAGACGCCUCAUUCAAAACUACAAUCUCAUGUACAGCCUGUCUCUGAGUCCUCGGAAAAUCGACCAGGCCUUGCGGAAAUUCCGUUCAGGAGAAAACUUGCUCUUAGAGCCAGCUCUGCGGUACUUAAAGGAGCUGUGAGAACAAGUCCAUAUUGUGAGAGCAGAAGCUUCCCUCAUUUCCCUUGUGACCCAGACUUGGGCUUCUCCUCAGCCUGAGUUCAGUGUUGUCAGAGUUGAGGCAGAUGUAGUUCUUCUAAAUGCUUUUGACUUAGACUUGAUACCUGGCUAUAGUCCUUCCUCAUGAAUGGUUCAAAGUAGAGAAACCAGGUUUUCUCUUCUACAUAGCAAGAACACAAUUACUUAAAGUGCCCUUCUACGCUAACAGUGAUUAUUAUUAAUGUUUGAUAUUUUUCUACAUUGCUAGCAAACUGUCCUUAAAACCACAUAAAUUCACAUAGAAAAGGCAUACUAGAUGCUAUUGACUCCCUGGAAUGUCUGGUACAGAGUAGAUGACAUUAAUAUAUCUUAAACAUGCUGGAUUUUGUUAUCCCCCAGAAUGUUUGGCUACAUAAUAGACCUUAAUGCAUCUUUUUGUCUUGGUUUGGAUCUGAGACAGGUCUCACUUUUAGCCCAGACUGGCCUUCAAAUCCUAAUCCUCCUGCCUCAGAUUCCCAAGUGCUUCAGUUAAUCAUUUCUUAUGUGGGUAAAUAAUCCCUUAAACUAUUCAUUAUUCUAGGGAGAAUUUUCACUAUAAGGAAAAUGAAAGAUUUAACACUUUUUUAAUAGUAAGGAAGACACUAAUUCCAAGUGAGAUUUUCUAUGUAAGCCCAGUAACUUCACCAGUACAAAACUAGACAAUGUGAACAAUAUCUCCGGAGAUAUUUCCCAGAGGAGUUUUAAGGAAGGACACCUCAGACAAGAUUCAGAAUGCUCUCAAGACAGGAGAACCUGGAGAAAGUUUCUACAGGCAACCUGGAUGUUGACUUUCAGCUAGUAUGGGAGACAGGCUAAAUGAGGUAGGACAGGGGACAAUCAAUAGAAUCAAAAAUUUG